AUGGAGGAGUGCAAUCCUUGCUCCGUGCCGAUGGAGGCGCAACUGAAGCUGAGCAGAUCAGGCGCCGGAAAUCUGGUCGACGCCACCCACUACCGCAGCAUCGUAGGAGGUCUCAGCUAUGUUGUUCACACAAGGCCUGACAUCUCCUAUGCCGUCGGCUAUGUGAGCCGAUUCAUGGAGGCGCCCACCUCUGAGCAUCUUGCAGCAGUGAAGCAUUUGCUAUGGUACGUGGCGGUGACUCUAUCCUACGACAUCGUCUACGGACGAGGACGGGGUGCUCCAAACCUCCUGGGCUUCAGCGACGCUGACCUGGCAGGCGAUGUCGACGAUCGGAAGAGUACGGCUGGAAUGAUCUUCUUCCUUGGACGAAGCCCGGUUAGCUGGCAGUCGCGGAAGCAACGCGUGGUGGCAGCGUCAUCUUGUGAGUCCGAGUACAUCGCGGCCUCAACCACGGUGUGCUAG